CAUUUUCAAUUCUUUUACUGACAGUGUUUGCUUCGGGGAGGCUAUGCACUAAAAUCUUAAAUAUCUUAUUAUUUUUUUUUGGUUAUUUAAUAAAAAUUUUUUUAAAAGAAAUAAUUUUGAAAUAUGGAGGAUAUUGCCGAUAAUACUUAUCAGCAAAUUUGCAGUGCCCGCACUGUACAAUCGGAUAAAAAAGGUUUCUUCAAUGAGUUCUAUUUGGAAGUGAAAGAAUCAUGCGGUGAAAAAUGGCUAAAAAAUUAUUUUGGUAAAUUGAAAUCGAAUGAGGCACGUAUUCUGUCAAUAUUCAGUGAUCGUGAAAUAUGUGAUCCCGUAUUGGGUGUAUUGGAAAAUGUUCAACCGGUAUUUAAGGAAAAAGAUGCGGUUUUUUCAUCGCAACGCCGUUUGCAGGCCGAUAAAUAUCAUUUAAUGUGGACCAGUUCAAAUAAGAAGGAAGAAUUGCAACAGGCCUUGGCCUUGGCUAAUUUGGCGGUUAUGCGUGCUCCCGCUAAAGGAGUUGAUAUGCAAAUAGAUGAUGGUUUGAGUUUAGCUUUGGCUUUAAGAUCCAGAGCUGUAAUAUUGCUAGCUUUAGGAGAAGGUGAACAGGCCUUAAGCGAUUUGAAGUUGGCUGUAUCUUUUGGUUUGGAUUGCAAACAAAGUAUAGAUUACUAUAUCAAAAUGGCCAAAGCCUAUGCCUGUAUGGGUGAAUUAACCAAGGCCGAGAUAUCCUUAAAAAUAGCUGAAAAAUUUGCUGGUGGUGGUAAUGCUCUUAUUGAUGCCUGCCGUCAGGAGUUGCCUUUAAUUAAGGUAAAUAAGAAAAAAUCUACAAAAAUAGCACCCUCUGUUACGCAUGGUGAAAAUGAAGGUCUGAGAGGGGCUUCCAAUUUGGUUAAACUGGUAGAAACUAAAGAUAAAGGUCGUUUUGUGGUAGCCAAUGAUGCAGUUAAGACUGGUGAUGUUGUGUUGAGUGAAAAUCCAGUUGCUGCUUGUCUUUUACCAACAUUUUUUGGCAGCAAUUGUCACCAUUGUUUUGAAAAAUUGAUUACUCCGGUGCCUUGCUUAAACUGUUCGGGUAUUGCAUUUUGUUCGGCUCAGUGCAUGGGAGAAGCUUGUGAUACCUAUCAUCGUUUUGAAUGCGAAUACAUGGAUUUGUUUAUAGGUUCUGGCAUGUCUAUUCUAUGUUAUAUUGCUUUGCGUGUAUUUACCCAGUCGCCGAAUUUGGAAGCUGCUCUUAAUACUUCCAAUUUGUUGUAUCAGAACUUAUGUACUCACGAGGAUGCCAGACAGGCUGAUGAUUUGUUGCAACGUUCUUUAAUGUCGGCUUUCCUAUUGAGGUGUUUGCAAAAGGCUCAGUACUUUGGAAGGCGUAAAACCGAAGGAGUAAAUCCCACAGCAGUUGAAUUACAAGUUGGUACAGCUCUUUUGGGUUUGCUGGAAGUUCUUCAGUAUAAUGCCCACGAAAUCUAUCAAACAAAUACAACGGAUGAACAUUUGUUCGAUGGUUCCCGGGUGGUGUAUGUGGGUGCUGGUCUCUACGGCACCGCAGCUUAUUUCAACCAUGAAUGCUGGCCUUCAGUGGCCAGAUAUUUUGUGGGCAAAAAGUUAAUAUUAGCAGCUACAAAACCUCAUCGUCCCAAUGAAAUUGUAGCAGAAAAUUAUGGUCCAGUUUUCACUAAAGUGAACUUAAAAGAAAGACAGCGUGCUCUUAGAGGACGCUACCUGUUCAGUUGCAGUUGUAUGGCUUGUCAAGAAAAUUGGCCAACGUUACAGAAGUUGGACAAGCAAGUAAGAUUUUGGUGCGUUUCCCCUAACUGCAACAAUGUUUUGCAAUUUCCCAAAGAUCUCAGUAAAGAUGUCAGGUGUGUACGUUGUCGCAAAAAUGUUUCGCUAAAGGAGAGUGUGGCUAAAAUGAUACAAAUUGAAGAGUUAUAUCGUGAAGCGGCCCAGGCUAUGCAUGAACAAAAGGUGGAACAAGCCAUUGACAUGUUUAAAGAAGGCAUUGAAAUGUUCUUCCAAAUUGCUGUCUUACCACACAAGGAUACUUUAAUCGCACAAAAUGCUCUGACAAAAUGUUUAGCUGCCCAGGAAAAAUGAGAACACUACUUAAAAGAAUUAUACAUAAAUAUGAAUAAAUGAUAAUCUAAAAAUGUUAAUAAAAUUUGACACAAUUUUCAUAAAAUUUGUAAAAAGAAAAA